GAAUGGAAUUUCACGAGAUCUCAAUAUCGCCAUUUUAUGCUAACUUCCCGAAAUCGCACUAUAUUGCAAUUGUAAAUAAACCCGAGGAUGUGACAGGGAAAUACAUGCAUGGUGGUUCAGAAGAAUAAGUAGCCAUGCCGUUCAUUCAGCGGUGUAUAGACCCGACUCAGGUGAGCCGCGAGGAGGUGGACAAGUCGGUUACUAACGAGCUGGAAUGUGUCACCAAUCAUACCCUGAGUAACAUCAUUCUGCAGCUGAGCAGUCUGAGUAAACAUGCUGAGGACAUGUUUGUGGAGCUGACCGCAGAGGCUGACCUGUUCAAUAAGCGGGCUGGCCAGCUCCAGUACAGAAUCGACCACCUUCGGGACAAGGUUACCCAGCUUGAUGCAGCAGUGGAACCAGUGUCUCUACAGGAUAUCCAUCUGAGGAAGCCGUUUAAGAGUUCAAUGCCUCACGACCAACAAGUGGUAUCACAGAACACAAUUCCUCGCGCCAUCCAAAACAGCUACAAUCACUGCGAUCAGCCACCUGCUCUCAGCAAACUAGAUGUAUUCAGGGAAGAUGGACGAGACAGUAUGAAAUUUUACACCGACCCAGGGUAUUUCUUUGAAUUAUGGUAUGCAGAGAUUCAAAAAGACAUCGAACAAAAACGAACAGAAUUACGAAAAAAGAAACGACAGAGACCAGGUAAGGAGCAAACAGGAGGGCGUCGCCCACGACAGAUAGUCACAAAGAAGGAAAAGUUUGCCCAUGCAGCACAUGGUGUAGAGUUUAGUGAUCAUUACAAGGACCCUAAGGCUCUAGGAAUUCAACCUACUGCUAACCACUACUCCUCACAGGAACUCCACAAUGAUACUCGCCAGGCUGAUCAGCAUCAACGGCCUGGCAGUCUAGAUGUUCGUCACAGUCAGGCGAAGGGCCAUCAAAAGAAACAAGCCAAUGGGCCUCAUCCUGCUGGUCCCCCACCACAACAACCCCAGGGGUACCCUCAACAACCAGGGCAGGCUGAGCAGGAGUUCCCAACUCCUCCCUACACUAAUCACCAGCCCUACUCCUCUCCACAACACCAACCAAACAGAAACUCCACACGUGCACACAAUGUGAUGCAGAGUCCUGCCCGCCCCUCCCAGCCUCCUCCUGCUCCUCCUCCCAAUAUGGGGGACAGACAGAGUCCAUCUACACGCGAUAGUUUGCCUCCACCACCACCCCCACCAGACCCCCAUAUGUCCUAUACCCCCAGCCCCCAGACAACCCCUCAACCAGCCCGUCACCCUCUUGUUCAUCAGAAUAGCCGACACUCCCCUGCACACCAACCACACCACUCUAGUCCAGCAAGACAAGACUCCACAGUUCUGCCCCCUCCCCCACCUUCCCCUCCAAACUCACAGACACCAGACACUCCUGUCAACCUACCACCCCCACCCUCUCCCCCAGGCAUGGGCGUUUUGCCCCCACCUCCUCCCCCUCCUCCCCCGCCCCCACCACCUCCUCCUGCAGAAGCAAAGCUGAACGGCAUCGGUCACAUGGCCCAUGACACAACAUCCAUCUCCUCAUCAACUAGCUCAAUGACUACAGGGUCUACAGGAAACAUGCCUGAGCCACCAACCGCAGGCAGUGGACGGAGUGCUCUGCUGGAGGAGAUACGCAACAAAGAACUGUACAGUCAGCUGAGGAAGGUGGAGGAUCGUAAAAAACAGGAGGAGGAAAAAAGAACGCCAACCGGACGCUUUGAUGUGCAUUCCAUCAUGAACCGGGCAUUCGAGGUUAGGCGCAAAGCCCUGGAGGCAAGCGACACUGAGAGUGAGGAUGGAUCAUCAGAGGAAGAAUGGAAUUGAUUGGUCAUCACUCAUUACUAUGGAUACAUUUUACCCAGGAAUGUGAUUGGCCAAUCAGGCAUAUAAUCCUUAAGCUUGCAUUAUUACCCAGGAUUGUGUAAGGGCUGCCUAGAAGGUUCUGAUUUCAGGCUGGUUUGGAAUGUAUGAUUGUUUGUGUCCCCAUCAUGAGGGAUAAAACAGGAAAUGCUGAUGAUUGGACUGGAGUGUGCUUCUGGUACUUACAGAAUGACCAGGGGAAAGAGUAGCAAUGCAAAGUGACCCGAAGGCUAUACUUGUAUAGCAGUGGAAUGAGGAAGUACUCAGAGAACAAUACUUAGAGUGGUGUUAAAGCCGAGUUUUCGGAGGACUAUACUUAGAACAGUGAAAUAGUUACUACUUACCCCUCAGCAGGCCCUUUAUGGCUUUUGUUGCCAUAGAAAUAGUUUCAUACACAAAGUAUAAGCAUACAUUUUACAUAACGUUUUGCUUGUAAUGAUUUGAGUUAUUCAGAUUUGAAUAUUGUUAUAUAUGGUACUGUACUAACCCUCAUGUAUUUCAUUAUUAAGUUGAUUGUUUUAUCAGUGAUGUCAGUGGGAGAUCCUUCUCCCUCAUACACAGUCUCCUAUGGCUGGGUUCUUCCAGCUUUAUCUAACUAUUAUUUCAGAGUAUUGAUCUGUUUGUAUCACUUAAAAUAAGUACAGCCAAAGGCCACACAAUUAUUGGGGCUCCCUCGCUUGGUACACCAGAGAACGUAACGACAA